AUGCCCAGAUUGGAGCAUGAUCUCCAGGGUCCAUCAGAUCAUGUCCCGAUCUGCGCAGAUCUUGAUAUUGGUCCCGAACCGCCCAGAUCUGGGCGACAGACAAUUAAACCCGGAAGCGAGGCUGAGAAGUCCUUCAUUUCGGACAUCCUCCAGGAUCUUGCGGCUAUUGCUGUCACAGCCCUGGCAACCAAAGAAGGUGUUGAAGCUUUAGCCGAUGCUAUCGUGACAGCGUUCUCAGACGCAUGGCUCGCCCACUCGACUGAGUCCAAACCUACCAAGCACUCCAACCAUUUGCUUACUGAUUACAACAAGUUCAAGAAGGCAUGCAAGGAUGCCAAGCGUAAUUUCUUUGAUGAACGUAUCGCAGAGAUUGCGACUUCUUGCAAGCACCUGUGGGACCUGAUGGAGUGGGUCAAACAGCACAAGCUACCACCCUGCGAGGCUAUUCGCAACAGCGAUCAGCCUUGUCACGAUAUGGAUGAUCUUUGGGAUGCCCUUCAUGGCACAUACAACUUGGCCUCUGGUCACGAGUACGACACCUCCAUCUUAGACGAUCUUCCUGACGAGCCGGUCCGUGAGUGGGCUGACUUUUUGGAGCAUGAGUUAUUGAGUGCCCUUAAGGGGUGCUCCAACUCCUCUGCACCAGGACCAGACCAUGUUACAUGGGUCCACCUAAAGGAGUUGCUCAAGGAUAAACAUGUCCUUGUGCUCUUCAUUGUGUUGGCUAACGCUUGCCUUUGGGUGGGUCACUGGCUGCGCAUAUUCAAGGAGUUGCUCUCGGUUAUCGUACUGAAACUGAAUAAGCCCUCCUAUGCAGUCCCAAAGGCCUUCAGGCCUAUUGUACUCCUCAUCACUUUUGGUAAACUUAUUGAGAAGAUGAUUGCCAACAGGAUACAGUUUGACACUGUCAAACAUGAUAUCUUUCAUCCAAACCAGCUGGGUGGUAUCUGCCAGAGGUCAACUGAGGAUGCUGGAUUGAUUCUGACUCAUCUCAUGCAAGCGGGGUGGGUUAAGGGUCUCCAGACUAGCGCACUGGCUUUUGACAUUGUGCAGUUCUUCCCUUCUAUCAACCAUGAAAUGUUCAUGGCUGUCCUACGCAAGCAGGGGUUCUCACCAAUCUUGGUGGAUUUCUUUGCCUCUUACCUUGUUGGUCGUUCCACACAAAGCGGCGCCACUCAACACAAUGCUCCUCUCCUUUGUGGACGAUGGGACUAUCCUGGCCCAGUCCAAACAACUUGA